CGAAGGCCUGACGCGCACCCCGUCUCGGAGCUUCGCAAGUCGACAAUUCGAACUGGCCAAAGUUGAAAGCGACAAGCAAACCAGCAGGAAAUACGCCGGACCGACCGAAGAACACGGCACAAACACAAUCCUCGCCCUAGACACCACGAACCCCGACGAAUCCAGGCAAAAUGGCGACCGGGUGGAGCAUCUUCAUCGGCCUGUUCAUCGUCGGCGUCAUGUGCGCGGUCGCCUGGUUCUUUUCGCCCAAGGGGGAGAACCAAGUGCUGUGGCGCUCCUCGCUGAUCCUGGCCCUCGUCAGCUGCUACCUGAUGUGGGCCAUCACCUUCCUGGCCCAACUCAAUCCAUUGAUCGUGCCGAGGCGAUCCGAUCUGAGGAAGGAGUUCCUGCACCACUGAGGGAGGAGGGGGCGAGAGUUCGGAACACCGAAUACCGAAACGAUGAAUAUUCGACGACCAUCCUGUUCAAAAUCAAAUAGGACAUUUCUUGGUCAAGGGGGCGGGAAUCUAGGGACAGAACUCUGGCGGACACAUUGCGAGCCUCGACGGCAUCCAGCGUGCUAUCUCGGCCAGUGAUGUGCGUUGGCUAGCUGUACUCACAUAUCUACACAUGUUUAUACAUCCAGCGGCGUUUUGGGAAUUGGGUAGGGUUAUUUAUAUGGCUUCUUUUUUUGUCUGUACAGGAAAGCAUCAGGUCGAGUUUGGGUAUUCGUGUGCUUCUACCAUGGCUUGUCUGGGUGCCUCUGUGGGAAGGAAGGUGGACGAGCUCUCCUAAUACCUGCGCAGACGAAUUCAAGCAUGGCAUAUCUACCAAACAACGCUUCAUCGACAAUCCUUGAGCAUUCCAACGCGUCUGCUAUCCAGGCUAUAAAAAGAACAAGAGACAUGAAAUCAAUAAGAAAUCAAUAAGAAACACAAAUAGCCACUCCUUC